CUUUAAUUUAUAUUUAGGAUAUAUCUUUGUUGAAGGUUAUCUUCAUUGUUUUAACGUUUUGGUAUUCCCGCCCCUGCCUUGUUCAUCUGUACAAUGGCGGUUCCUCUCUUCAAUCUUGCUCCGAAUCUCACAGUUUCAAAGCUCUGCUUUGGUACCAUGACGUUCGGGGAGCAGAACUCUCUGUUCCAGUCAUUUCACCUCCUUGACCAAGCUUUCGAUGCUGGCAUCAACUUCUUCGAUUCUGCUGAAAUGUAUCCAGUGCCUCAACGUUCUGAGACUCAGGGACGGAGUGAGGAGUACCUUGGCCAUUGGAUUAGAAGCCGAAAAAUUGCUCGGGACCGUAUUGUUUUAGCUACAAAGGUUGCCGGACCAUCUGGGCAAAUGACUUGGAUACGAGACGGACCAAAGUGUUUGGAUACUAAGAAUAUUACAGAAGCAAUUGAUGCUAGCUUAAAGCGACUGCAAACGGAUUUCAUUGAUAUUUAUCAGAUUCAUUGGCCUGAUCGGUAUGUUCCAAUGUUUGGAGAAACUGAAUAUAAUCCAUCCUGGCAAUACUGUUCAGUUACUAUAGAAGAGCAACUUUUUGCGCUCAGCAAGGCUGCUGAUGCUGGUAAGAUCAGGUAUAUUGGCCUCAGCAAUGAAACACCUUAUGGUGUUAUGAAAUUUGCACAUAUUAAUGAAAGAUAUCCCCAUAUUCCGAAAGUUGUUUCAUUACAGAACUCGUACAAUUUGCUUUGUCGAACUUUUGAUUCUGGCCUAGCUGAAUGUUGUCAUCACGAGAGAAUCAGCUUAUUAGCAUACAGCCCCUUGGCGAUGGGCAUACUUUCUGGGAAGUACUUUUCUCCUGAAGGCGGUCCUGCAGAUGCUCGACUUCAUCUUUUCAGAGGAAAAUAUUUAGAAGGGGAAUCUAGAUAUAACCUAACCAAUACCGUCGUCAGAACAGCUACCAUGGAGUAUAUUAAGGUUGCUAAGAAAUAUGGCCUUCAUCCAGUCUCUAUGGCAAUUGCAUUUGUUCUCAGGCAUCCCCUCGUAGCAAGUGUCGUUUUUGGUGUUACGAAGUCAUGGCAACUCUUGGAUAUUCUAAAUGCAGUUAAGGUUGAGCUCACACCUGAAAUGAUUUCUGAAAUAGAUGAAAUUCAUUCGAGGUUUCCCAAUCCAUGCCCUUGAUUUGGAGUUUAAAUGAGUGAAGAAGGCCACCCUUAAAAGAGGAAGAAACCUCCUUAAUGGGAUGCUCAACUCGAGCAGUCUUAUUUUAAAUAUAUUGUAGAUGAGUGGGUUUGAUACUAUUUGUAAGAAUAGAGCAAAUAAGAUGCUGUCUUUUAGAAAAUCAUAUUGAUGAAAGGUUGCAUUGUCAGAUAAAUGUAACUUUUGAAAGGAAAAAAAGAGGAGGUUUCUUCUUUUCCUCUACUAAAUCUAAUGAACCAAGGCAGCAACCUUUAGGUAAAGGUAAUUCUAACAUUUUGAUAGUCAAUAAUUGUUUGUAUUUAUGAUUCAUACGAGAAAAAAGAAAGCGUACACUUUUCUGGCAUA